AUGCCGAUCAAAUGGACCUCCGAAAAUGAUCAAAUUCUCCUGUUGAAAAUUUUGGAGACUCAUGAGAUGACAGUUGAUACUAGGAAAGUCGCGGAAGCCUGGCCCCAGGGGGAUCCUAACGCUAUCCCAACCCCUCGCGCGAUUACAGAAAGAUUACACAAGAUCAAAAAGACAGCAAAGGAGAGCAUCAAGGGAAUCGCUGGGGGCACCCCGAAAAAGGCGACCUUAGUCAAGAACAAAACACCAAACAGCGCCGGACCACGUAAACGCAGCGCAAACGCCUCCGGUACCCCGGUUAAAAGGAUUAAAAAAGAACCUGAUUUGGAUAUUCAAAGUUCCCCACUUGCUGGCCAUGGACAUGCUGGAAACGGUGAGGGAAACGAACUCGUGAAAAUGGAGGACUCCGAUGCUACCGUUGGUACUUCUCUGGGGGGCAUCGAUUAUGCCUGUCCUUCAAAACGCGUGAGAAUCGCCCCCCGCAUGCGUGUGGGUUUUGUGGCCUAUGAUGAUGAUGAGGAUACUGACCGUGAUGCAAAGUACGAGACUGAAGGCAGCGAGUACCUUGACUGUGUGAAGCCGGACGAGUACGCGUGA